UUCAUCUCCUAAUAAAUCAAUUAUUCUCUCUCUCUCUCUCUCUCUCUCUCUCUCUCUCUCUUAUGGACAAAGGAUGGGGACUCACCCUUGAUACUUCUUCCUCUCCAUCCCUCCCAUUAUUUCCUUCCAAACAGCCACCCACAACCAUAAACUCUUUCUCUAACGAUAACAUGUUCCCUCUUCUCGGUUUCCCUGUCAACCUUAGAACCGUCACCAACAAGGAAGACGAUGAUAACCGCAAAGUCCUCGGUGAAGUCGACUUUUUCUCUGAUAGAAACGUUAAACCCAACAUCAUCAAGAAGGAAAUUGAUGACAAACCUCUCCAAGUAAAUACUGGUUUACAACUCCUUACUGCUAACACCGGGAGCGAUCAAUCUACUGUGGAUGAUGGGGUUUCAUCUGAUGCUGAAGAUAAGCGAGCCAAGACAACUGAGCUUGCACAGUUGCAAGGGGAGCUUCAACGCAUGAAUGCGGAGAACAAGAAGCUGAAAGAGAUGCUCAGCCAUGUGAGCGGUAACUACACGGCCUUGCAGAUGCAUCUUAUGACUUUGAUGCAACAAAACCAGCGCACGGAAAGCACUGAAAAUGAGGUUGUUCAAGGAAAAACUGAGGAGAAAAUUCACGGUGUUGGUGAGGGAAAGGUACCGAAACAGUUUCUUGAUAUAGGUCCUAGUGGUACAGCUGAAGUUGAUGAUCAAGUAUCCGAUUCUUCUUCUGAAGAAAGAACAAGAUCGAGCACACCUCAGAACAAUAACACUGAAGUUGGAACAAGAGAUUGCGUGAGAAAUAAUACCAAUAAUAGUAAAAAUGAGUCGGGUAGGGAAGAGAGUCUAGACUCAGAGUCACAAGGUUGGGCUCCCAACAAGCUUCAAAAGCUAAACCCUUCCAGUUCUAUGGAUCAAUCCACUGCAGAAGCUACAAUGAGAAAAGCACGGGUCUCAGUUCGUGCCAGAUCGGAAGCUCCCAUGAUCAGUGAUGGGUGCCAAUGGCGAAAAUAUGGACAAAAAAUGGCUAAGGGAAACCCAUGUCCUCGAGCUUAUUAUAGAUGCACCAUGGCAGUUGGUUGUCCAGUUCGCAAACAAGUUCAACGUUGUGCUGAGGAUAGAACAAUUUUGGUGACAACAUAUGAAGGCACACAUAACCAUCCACUGCCACCAGCGGCUAUGGCAAUGGCAUCAACAACAACAGCUGCUGCUAGCAUGUUGUUGUCAGGGUCAAUGUCCAGUGCAGAUGGAAUAAUGAACCCCAAUUUGCUAGCUAGAGCAAUUCUCCCUUGUUCAUCUAGCAUGGCAACACUUUCAGCAUCAGCACCAUUUCCCACUGUGACAUUAGACCUCACACACAACCCAAACCCAUUACAACUCCAAAGAACUCCUACCCCAUUCCAAGUACCCUUUCUCCCAGGACAACCUCAGAACUUUGGAUCUGGAGCAACCCCAUUAGCACAAGCUCAAGCACUUUAUAAUCAAUCCAAAUUCUCUGGUCUUCAGUUAUCUCAGGAAGUUGGAUCUUCCCAUGCUCCUAGACCGCUCUUACAACCAACCCAACAACCCUCACUGGCUGAUACAGUCAGCGCCGCCACCGCAGCCAUCACUGCUGACCCAAACUUCACCGCUGUUCUCGCUGCCGCCAUCUCCUCCAUCAUUGGUGGGGGUGCCCAAGCAAACAAUAGUAACAGCAACAACAACAAUAACAGGACUACAAUUAGCAGCUUCUCAGGAAACUGAGGCUUUUCCUUUUUGGUUCCUUUUUUUUUUUUAAUUUCGGGUUAAUAUCAUUUCUUAAACUUUGUUUUUUGUACAUGGGUAAGGGAAAAUGAAACCAUAUUCUUUGUAGUCCAUGUCUUGGGAGGGGGAUUAGAUCAGAAAACGUUUCAAUUUUUUUUUUUUAAUCAUUUCACCUUGAAUAAUGUUGCUUAUUUGAUUCAAAAUUCUCAUAGUAAAUAGACAGCGUAAAUGAAGAAACCUCUUUUAUCUUCUACCUUUGUUUUAUCGUUAUCUUUUUAUCUUGGCCUCCGUCCUUUCUGACAAUGUUGAAAACAACGUAGACGAUAACGCAUCCCUAAAAGAACAAAAAAAGAAAUAAAAAAAAAAGGAAAAAAUAAAUAGUGUACAAGUACAAACAGCCAAUAUUGAACAUGUUGCGAAGAAUAUUCGGAUUUUCUCAUUGGUCAAGAAAUACGGCCAUUACUGUUUGAUAUGGACACGUAGAAUUGGAAGUACUGGUAAUCUAUAGGUGGACUAAGCUAGGGUAAGCCAAGCUAGUGAGUUUCUCAGCAACUUCGUGUGCCCUUGGUGUACGUGGUAGUGAUU